AUGGCGCGCAAUGAGGAGAAAGCGCAGUCGCUGCUGAAUCGAUGGACAAGCAUGAAACAAGACUUUGGUGAUACUUUUAAAAAUCGACGGCCAUAUCGAGCGUCCCAAUGCGACAACCUUAAAGAUGCCGAGCGCUGGCGACGACAAAUUAUACGUGAGAUCUCUAAAAAGGUGUCAGAUAUUCAAAAUGCUGGCUCGAGUGAGCACGUGGUACGAGACCUGAACGACGAGAUUAAUAAGCGCAUUUGUGAGAAGCGGCACUGGGAACGGCGGAUUGUGCAAUUGGGUGGAACGGACUAUGGGCGCUCGCAGCCACAGACGUAUGAUGCAGAUGGAGCUACUGUGAGCGGUGCACGAGGCUACAAAUACUUUGGAGCUGCAAAGGAUCUCCCCGGUGUACGCGAACUUUUCCAGAAAGAGGAGCGUGAGCCUCGCAAACGCACACGACAAGACAUGUACAAACACAUUGAGCCUGACUAUUACGGCUUUCGUGACGAUGAGGACGAGCAGCAACUCAAGGACGAGGAGGAAGCGGAGAUGAGACAACGUCAGCGUGCUAUGGAUGGUUGGGACGCUGCUGAGGCUAAGCGCAAAGCGCAAGUCGCGGAGCUGGUACGUAGUCCGCCACAGGCUGUCGUUUUUUCGUUGCUACUGAAUGCUUGCCUACUAAAUGUAUGUCCAUUCCGUGCUUGCAUCUAG